AUGAAUGAUGAACAAUGUUCUUGUACCGAUCAUAAUGAAGAAUAUAAAAUAAUGGAAAAUUAUCGUUCAAUGGUUGAUCGAAAACAAAAAUUUGUAUCUAGUUGGAAAAUAUUUGACAACAAUGGAAAAGUAAGUUUUACACCGGGUAGGAAAGUUCGAAAACAUACCGAUGCCCUUAUUAUUCGAUCAAAUUAUAUUUGUCUUAUUAACCCGUGGUAUAAAUAUAUCGAUAUCAAGAAGCAUUUCCUAUCAAUCUUAAGGGAAACUGAUUACUAUAAAAUAUUUGAAAUUAUUUUAAUUGAAUGCAACUGUUCGACAUAUGAAUUAGGAAUUAUUCAGUGUCCAUGUAUUGAACAAUUAAAAACUUAUUGUACAUAUUGUCGAUUGACUUUAGCAAUAGUCGAACAUUCCAAUGCUCGCAUAGUCAAUCCAUUAUUGAAAAAUAUUAGUCAACAAACGAAUAUUUCUUUUUCAUUAGAUUAUUUUAAUGAGGAAAUUUCUAUGAAUGAUGGUUUUUCAAGUCGGCUAGGACCAUAUCAACAUCAACGUACAGUUCAAAUUCAAAUUGACUCAGGACAAGUUCUUCAAGCUAUUCGAGACUACCAAAUAGAUCUGUUCAAAGCAAAGAAACUAAAAAAUGCUCAACAACCAAUAUUUAUUCAUGAAGAUUCUGACAAGUCGCCAAUAGAAACUAAGGUGCGGAAUACAAAAAUUUAA